GCCUGUGUUAGAGCUGUGCUCACUAAUCUAUCUCUCUCACAUUCACAUUCUUCUUCUUCUUCUUCUUCAAUCUCUCUCUUUCCUUAGGAAGAAGAACAACUCAACAAAGCAAUGAGUUCAAUGAUGGAGACUCUCCAGAUUCGUAAACCCACUUCUCUCCCCGUUUCUCAACGCCCUAGCUCCUCCACCGCUGAAGAUGAGCCUGGUCUCAUCCGCCGUCGUCUCUCUUCUCUCUCCCUAAACCUUUCAAACCAACCAGCGGCGAUAGCAGCUAGGUUCCCGAGAUCCAAAUCUGUCUCGGCCAUGGGAGAGCAAGCAGGGAGCUCUGUGAAAGAAUGGUGGGAAUGGGGAUGGUCGUGGAUCCUGUCAAGAAAACCUAUAUUCAUCAGAGAUCUUGAGCUUAACAAAGACGAAAUUAAAUCUAUUGGUUCUCAAAACAGAGGAAGUAUAAUGCACGUCUUCUUCAAGCUCCGGUCUCAGAUCCGUAACCUCAUGGGUUCUUCUUCCUCUGAUUCUCUUCCUCUUUCUUGCAAAUACAAGCGUCAACGAUAAACAUAUAUGAUUCUUGAUUCUUGAAGCUUGCUUCACAUGGGGUUUGAGAUUUUGUGAUUUGUCACUUCUUCUUCUUCUUCUUCUUUACAUUUUACGCAAUGGAGUAUUAUAUUUCUAAAUUUGAAUGUUGUAUUUUGCCUAGAUCAUUAAUCAAUUUAUUUAUUUUUAUUUUCA